AUGUCGACGCCCUCGACCGCCACGGCCACACUCCCGCCCCAUCACCAGUUUUAUUCUCACCACCAGACAUACCAGCCCAGCAUGUCCAAUGCCCAGGUUGCCAACGGCUCUGCGCGGAUAGGCAACUCGCUCUACAACGGCUACGCUAGCGCUUCCUCGAGUUCAGACCUUCGCCGAAACGCGACUGCCCACACCAGACACCCGCCUCAGCUGCCGCCCAUCACACAGGCCUCGCCCAUCGACAUGGCCGCCAACGACCCGGGCUCGGCCCAGCGGCGGCGGAAUCCCGACUGGGCCGACUUCUACAGGAACGGCAUCCCCAAAGAGGUCAUUGUCAUUGACGACGACGACGACGAUGACGACGCCCAGCUGCCUCCACCGCGCCAGCAACCGCCUUCCUCACGGGGCACCGCCACGAACCCAGCUGCGCGCCAUACCGACAAGAAGCGCAAGACGACCGCGUCCACGGCAUACGACCCUGUCUACAACCAGCACACGUCCUACUCCACCACCCAGACACCCUACUACGACUCGCCUAACCAUUCCCUGUCCACCGACAGGACCACCUCUGCUCUCAACACCACUGCGCCUACCUCGCUGGGCUCACAGGUCAGCAAUGGCCAUCACAUCUCGCCUCUCGAAAACAGUGCAGCAGGCCAGAAGCGCAAGCGCACGCGUGCCGUGGUACAGGACGAAGCAAAACAAGCCAAAAGACGGGAGCUGGACAACGACGAUCCCUUCAGCCUGUACCAGCCACCCCCCAACCCGGUCAUCAAGGCCAAGGAUGUCUAUGUCCAGGUCGUCCAAGACAAAUCCUACACAAAGGACCAAAAGGUCGACGAUGAAGACGGCCACUACAUCGUAGUGCCAGAGGCUGACCUCACAGAGCGGUACCAAAUCACAAAACUGCUCGGCCAAGGCACCUUUGGCAAAGUCGUUCAAGCCUACGACAGACGGAAGGGAACAAACUGUGCCAUCAAGGUCAUCCGGUCUGUGCCUAAAUACCGAGAUGCCAGUCGCAUUGAGCUGAGGGUACUCUCAACCCUGGCAUCCAACGACAAGCACAACAUCAACCGGUGUAUUCAUCUCCGUGAUUGCUUCGACUUCCGGAACCACAUUUGCAUCGUCACUGACCUCUACGGACAAAGUGUCUUUGAUUUCCUCAAGUCCAAUGGCUUUGUCCCGUUCCCCAGCUCCCACAUUCAGAAAUUUGCGAAGCAGCUCUUCACGAGUGUUGCCUUCCUCCACGACCUCAAUCUCAUCCAUACCGAUUUGAAGCCGGAAAAUAUCUUGCUUGUGAACAACAAUUACCAGACUUUUACAUACAACAGAACUGUACCGUCAUCGUCAACAACAGUCAACCGAACAGCGCGGCAUCGCAAGGUUCUCCUUGACCCCGAGAUCCGCCUUAUCGACUUUGGAUCAGCGACAUUCAACGACGAGUACCAUUCCUCGGUAGUAUCGACUCGUCACUACCGAGCACCAGAGAUUAUCCUGAACCUUGGUUGGAGUUUCCCUUGUGACAUUUGGAGUAUAGGAUGCAUUCUUGUCGAGUUCUUCACUGGCGACGCCUUGUUCCAGACUCACGACAACCUCGAACAUCUCGCAAUGAUGGAGGCCGUCUGCAGUGGCAAGAUCGAUCGAGAUAUUGUGCGAGCGGUCUACAAGCAAGACCGCGGCUCAUCACGCAACUCGUCCAGCUCUGCUGCAAGAUACUUUAAGAACUACAAGCUAGACUAUCCCAACGCGGACACCAACAAGGCAUCCAAGAAAUAUGUCAAGGCGAUGAAGAAGCUUCCUGAAACAAUACCAGCACACACAGAUUUCAACCGUCAAUUUCUUGACCUACUGCGGCGAAUAUUCGUGUACGAUCCCAAGAAGCGAAUAACAGCCAAGGAGGCAUUACAACAUCCUUGGUUCAAGGAGUCACUCAUGGACGACGGGACCGAAGCACACAAGAUCCGAUUGGAGCGGGAAAAGAAGGCCCGUCGAGCGGAAGAAGAGCGCCGAUACCGCGAACAAACUCAACGAGCGUACUGA